AUGAGUCGGAUACAGUUCAUCGAACGAGAGCAAAAGAUUGCAGCAGAAAGACUCUUGAAGCGUAAAGGCUCCGCUCAAGUAAAAAUCGCUCUAUUGCGAUUUCCACGUAAUAAUGAGAAGUCAAGGGAGGUAGACGUCAAGCAUACCAAGAAACUUACAAAGCUAUUGGAGUCUGAAAAUGAGCAAGAUAUCUGGCAGUUCAGAAAUCGCAUUCCCGCAGUCAUUGAUCAGCAUCAGCUCGAGGAGGCUCUUGCCGCUUCGGGAAUUUCUGCCGAGCGGUUAUUGGAUACCCGUAACUGCCCAGAGCUAGAUUUCCCCACAGGCUUCCAACUGGAAUGUCUCCAUGGGCAGCACCGAAUCAAAGCGGCUGCACGCAUCAACCCCAACAGUCGCUGGACUGUGGACUUUUACCUCACAAACCUCGAUAAUGACCUAAAAAUUGCCCUUGUCGAAGAGUACUCCUUUGAAAAGCAACCAGAUGACGGAGAAAUCUACUGCAAAAUUCGACAAUACCAAAUAUCACAGGAUCUUUACUUUGAGAACCGGUGGUGGGCUCCAUUGAAAUGGGGCAUGCGACUAAGCACAUCACACAAAACGUUUGCCACAAAAUGCUAUGAGGAAGCCCUUCGCUAUCUCAAUUAUAUUGAGGAAGUUUGGACUAAAAUCCUUCCGGACGCUCAAGAGAGGGAGAAGCUAGAUAGAACCACUGUGGAAGCUGUUGAGCUUACUGCACCGGGAGCAUGCAAUACAGAUAGAGAACAUUUAUAUGGUCAACUGCGCAGUCGCAAGAUCUUCGGCGCUUUUAAUGAUCAAGAGGGCGAAGCCAUAUGGGAAAGGCUACUGUCAAUCUCCGUGGAUCGGCUGAUUCCAUCUUUUUACAGCUAUUUCGAGGAUAUCAACUAUUUGCAGGGUCCUGUAAAGUGCAUUAAGUCGCUUAUAGACUUAUCCCCGAGAGAUUCCGUAUCCACUGCCCUUCUUCGAGCGUUUAGAGAUGGGAACCAGAGAGACGGCCAAUACGUGGUUCAGAAAUCCGAGUCUAAAUUUGUUCUAAGGCAAGGAGACUCAUCAGAAGGAGAAGAUUCCACACUCCGGCAACUUUGGAUCAUGGCUAUGCGCUACUCCGGAGGGAAAUUGGACUGGAAACCUGAUAAAGCAACGUUAUGUGAGAUCGCCACUCAUGCCUACCGACUAGGAUUCAAGUCCACACUUAUCCUGAACUUCGUUCGGGAGUCUACCGAUAGACACAUCGCUCACAAAGCUCUAGUAGAGGCGCGGAGACCAGAACACUUCAAAUAUGAUGCCAGCGCAUUCGAAAACCAUAUACAGAAAAUGAUCGGUUUUUUUUCUACGGCUAAGAUACUAACGGAGAAGGAGACGAAGGAGAUUCUUGAGGUUGAAUCUCACGAUAGACCUCCCAGACGAUGUGGAAUUCCGGAGCCCAAGGAUCACAAACAAGACAGACUUUCUCUGUUUUUAGAUAAGCUUCAUCGCACUAAUGAGCAAGAAUUCCUCGAGAUAGGAUCUUUCUUUAUCCGACGGUCUGUGUACUUUGCAUUUUUUGGUAGAUCUCUUGCUACUACUAAUUGUAGCACCACUUCAGAGCAGACACGAGCUCCUGAAUCGGAUAUGCAUGAGAUUGGAACUGAUGGAGAAGUACCACUAGUGUUUGAACAACAGCGUACGAAGCUGGCAGAACAGGAAAAUGAAAGCCAGGGGCUAGCUGAGAGAGACCUGUCCCGGCUGAUGGAAAAAAGGUCGGUUGAGGAAAAUCGGCUUGCUCAACUAGCUGAGCAAAGGCAGACCAAGGAAGUCGAACUUGCUCAAUUGACCACCCAAUGGGAAGCCAAGGAAUUUAGACUUGCUCAAAUAGCUGUUCAAAGGCAGUCUGAGGAAGCUAGGCUUGCUCAACUAGUCAAGGAAAGGGAAACUGAAGAACUCUUGAUUGCUCAACUAGUGGAGAAAAGGCAAACCGAAGAAGCUUUACUUGCUCAGAUAGUUCAAGAAAGGCAUAUAGAGAUGCAAAAGAAGACGACAGAACGAGAAUAUCAGCAGCACGUUGGAGAGGAAGGGCGAAUACAAAUGGAGCAAGACCUAUUCGAGGACGACAUCGAAAUUGAUUUGGGCGAAGACAUAGAGCCUAUAGAUGAAGAGCAAACACAAGCGGAGGAGGAAAACGCUCGAAGGCAUGCUGAAGGAAUACGGGAACAAAAACAAGCCGAGGAAGUGGAGAGGCAGAGACAGGCUGAAGAAAAGAGACAGGCUGAAGAAAAGAGACAGGCUGAAGAAAAGAGGCAAGCUGAAGAAAAGAGGCAAGCUGAAGAAAAGAGGCAGGCUGAGGAACUGGAGAGGCAGAGACAGGCUGAGGAGUUGGAGAAACAGAAACAGGCCGAGCAAAAGAGACGAAGUCAAACAGAGAAAGAACAAUCCGAAAGAAAUGACAGUCGAAACUCAAACAUGAGUAAAGCUCAGAAACAUGUUGAAGAUAUGCAGCCAGAGAGAGUUACUACUUCUAGCGCAAAAAAUCCAGGUGGAAAUAACCGAGUAAAAAAGAAGAAUAAGCCCCCUAGAGGUAUAGGUACGACACGGAGGGAACGAGAAAGUAAACGGGUCACCCAACUUGAUCUAAGGGGAGCCGCGAAACCUAUAACUGAUACUGAACCAGAAAAAGAUAUCCCUAACUCCACUGAGCAACAUUCCAAUCGAGAUAUAGACGCCCAGAAGGUCACUAUUACCUUUCAGAUCUAUGAAAAAAAGGCUUGGCGAAUAGAACGCAGCAUCUUAGUCGAUCCCCGUGAGAGGAGUGAGAUCAAUGAGGUAGAACGGCUAGCGAUAAAGUACAUGAGAAAAUUUGACGGCAUGACGAUAUACGAUAGAAAUUUCCGUAAGUUAGAUCCUCGCACAUGUUUUGAGGACGUUACAGCAGACGGUACAAACACUAUAUGUCUGGUUCCGGGAUCAGAAAGUGAUUACAUUGGAUCUGCAGAUGUUCCUGAAUUGCAAAUUGAACCGCAAGCAGUAUUAGCAGCUGGCCGACCCAAAGCGGCAUCUAAUGCGCAGGAAGGAGAAUACAAACGUAGAAAGGUUAUUCCUGAGUUAAGCCCCGAACUUGAUGAGCUAAAAUAA